AUGACACCCACUCAAAAUCAGAGUCCACUCAAACAUGCAUCUUUUUCAUAUCCUCCGCGUCCCGACCCUCCUCAGCAAAAGGUACACUCGGAACCAAUAGCAAUAAUAGGCGCAGGCCCCGUAGGCUUAAUAACAGCCCACAUCCUCAUCCGCGACGGCUUCUCAAACGUCCGAGUCCUCACGCGCGAUGGCGGUGUUGGGGGUGUGUGGUUGGAAGAGAGGGUGUAUCCUAGUAUGAUGCUCAACAGCAUCCACGCCCAAUUCCAAUUCUCGCACCACCCCCUCCCCCUCCCUCCCAACGCCCACUCAACAGGCGGACGACUAACAGGCACAGACGUAUCCACCUACCUCCAAUCGUUCGCACGUACCUUUCUGGAGGGUAAGAUUCGGUUCUGGUGUUCCGUAGAUCAAAUUCGACGAGGACGUGGGGAGGGUGGGGGGUGGGUGAUAAAAACGCAUGAUCUACGCACGGGAAUGAAGGAGGAGAUGUGUGUUCGGAGGGUUGUUUUGUGUACGGGGGGCAACAGCACACCCAACAUCCCACCCCCGCUCUCCCCACUCUCCGCCUCCCGUGCAGGGUUCAAAGGACCCGUCAUACAUUCUUCAGAGUCUUUCAAGCGGUUCGACGAAAUCGUCCAGAGCGUUCGCGUCGGGCGUUCCAACAAACCUCGAAGGGUGCUUGUAGUGGGAGGGGGUAAGAGUGCUCAGGACAUAUCAGCGUACCUAGCAAACCAAGGAAUAUCCACAACGAUCAUAUACGAAAAAGCGGAUAUGUUUUUGGCGGUGCCAAAGCCUUUGCCGAAGGCUGUUAGGCAGAGUCGUCUUUCCCUUUAUCUCCCUCCUCCUCCUUUGAGCGGAACAUCUUCCCCUUCUACCACCGCUUCUGAACAAAACGCCUCGGAUACUCACACUGAAAUAAUCAGGUUAACCUCCAUCCUAGCACCCGCGAUAGAGCUUCGCACGCCUGUCGAACGGUUCUUACACACCACCUGGCUAGGCUCCAAAAUCGUAAAAAGGACAUGGGAUUCCUUUCCCCGAAAAUCUGUACGUCCUUCCCUCCUGUUCCCUUUUCUUCUUCCCGUCUCUUGUGCGGCGCCGCAUUUUGGAUGGGCCCAAGCGACGGACCAACUCCUUGAAGACAUGUACCUCCCCAGUAUGAGAAGCGGAGGGAACUGGUUGACGUGGCCUUUUAAGGUCGUGAGUAUUUCGGAACUGGCGACGUUGGGUGAGGAGAGGCGGGUUAAGCGGCAGGAGGAGGAACGACGGAGAAUGUGA